AUGCUGAAAGCUUUGAUUUUGUGUCUUCUAUCCGCAUCCCUCGUCACCGCGGGGUUUUUCACUCCGAGCACCGAGAAGCCCGACGCCACGGUGAAAGAAGGCAGCUCUGUCGUGAUCGAGGUUGAUGAGAACGACGGCGACACCAAGGUCUCCGUGUCUCCAAAAGACGCCGCCUACGACCGUCACACGGACAAACUCCCCGAAAAAUUGCAGGAAACGAAAGAGAAAAUAAAAGGCGCGGCCUCCUCUAUCCUCCCGGGCACACAUCAAGCCCAAGACGAACGAAUUAUCGCCGAAAACGAGGCGAACGGAGCCAAAACAGGGGAUACCGUCGGCAAAGUUAAGGACACAGUCACCGAGGCGAAAGAGAGGGUGAAAGAGGCUGCAAAGGAUAAGGCUGAGGACAUUAAAGAAGGGGCGAAGCAGCAAGCAUACGACACGAUGGAGUCUGCGAAGAGAGCCCGGGAAGAGGCGGGAAGAAAGGUUGAAGGGGUCAAAGAGAAGGCCAAGAAGACCGUUGAGGAGUACGAGGAGGAAGGGAAGAAGGGGAUGAAGGGGCUUUUCGGGUAUUUGACGAGGCCGUUCAGGAUGCUGUCGGGCGGGUGGCGUACGUUGGCCUCUGCCCUGCACCUGAUGGGGCUGGCGGUGGCUUACGGAAUGUGUGCGUGGGUCACGUUCGGGUCGGGCCGUGUUCUGGCCCAGGCGCUGCCCAAGGUCCAGCUUUUGAUGGUGCAGAGCAGGAUUAGCCCGGUUUAUUUCCGGGCCAUGGCGGCUAGUGUGGGGACUGCGUUGGUUGGGUACUUGAUGAGUCGCUCGAGCAAGCGGGGGAUGCUGGGAGGGCUGGACCUGGCAGCAUCACUGGCAAUGGUCUUGGGGAACAUGUUUUACGUGGAGCCUCGUUCGACCAAGGUGUUGUUUGAGAGGAUGAGGAAGGAGAAGGAGGAGGGUAUGGCUACGAAAGAUGAAGGAGUUGUGGCUGAAGAACCUGUCGUGGGGUCGAAAACCGAGACUAGUGAGGAACCGACUGGGGGGAAGCAGGGUAGGAGUGAACCAACCGGGGGGAAGCAGGCUAGGAGCGCGAUUAUCCGCAGGCUGAGUUUGAGCUCGUCUCUGCUUAAUGUAGCCACUCUCGUGCCCCUCACCUGUCAUAUACUUCGCCUGGCUCAGCAACUCAAUGCUAAGUGUUAA